AUGUGCCCCUUUUCUGGCUUCCAAUGGUUUGAAGUGCCGGAAGGUUUACUAGGUCCAUACUGGAAAGCCGUUGGCUUGGCCUUCAAUUGCACUUUUCUUCUCUGUGGAUCUGUCAUCCAGCUUAUAGCUUGUGCAAGUAACAUAUACUACAUAAAUGACCACUUGGACAAGAGGACCUGGACUUACAUAUUUGGAGCAUGCUGUGCCACAACAGUGUUCAUACCUUCAUUUCACAACUACAGGAUUUGGUCUUUCCUUGGUCUUGGCAUGACCACAUACACAGCUUGGUACUUGACCAUUGCAGCCAUCGUUCAUGGCCAGGUAAGCAAUACCAAGUACACCGUUGUCGAUUUCUUCAGUGGGGUCUCUCUUGUUAGAAGUCGGAAAUCAUGCAUGCAAUUUGGAAACCUCAAAAGUUCAAAUAUCUUUAUGCCACUCUUUUUUGUAUUCACACUCACCCUACCAUCUGCCAUUGCGGUUUACUGGGCCUUUGGUGACCAACUCCUGGACCACUCCAAUGCCUUCUCUCUUCUCCCCCGCACUGGUUGGCGUGAUGCUGGUGUCAUCUUAAUGUUGAUUCACCAGUUUAUCACUUUCGGAUUUGCUUGCACACCAUUGUAUUUUGUGUGGGAGAAAGUGAUAGGAAUGCAUGACACAAAGAGCAUAUGUUUGAGGGCACUUGCAAGGUUGCCUGUGGUGAUACCAAUAUGGUUUUUGGCUAUUAUUUUCCCCUUCUUUGGCCCUAUUAACUCUGCUGUGGGGGCUCUUUUGGUUACCUUCACCGUCUAUGUCAUCCCUGCUUCUGCUCAUAUGCUCACUUACAGGUCUGCUUCUGCACGACAGAACGCUGCUGAGAAAUUGCCCUUCUUCAUCCCAAACUGGUCUAUAAUGUAUGUGAUCAAUGCAUUUGUGAUGGUGUGGGUUCUAGCGGUGGGAUUUGGAUUUGGAGGGUGGGCUAGCAUGGCAAACUUCAUCAAACAGGUUGACAAAUUUGGACUCUUUGCCAAGUGCUACCAGUGCCCCCCGCAUAAAACCGCAGGUUCCAACCAAACACUGCAUCACUGA